UUCAAUGGAUGGGUUUUAGCUUUCCCAACUUAAUAAGUCACCGUUGUGAAGUGUGCUGCUGAACAUCAGAAAACAAUUAAGAAGUUGGGAUGACAAAUGUUCUGUCUGAAAAAAUAUAGUUUAAGGAAAAACACACAAUUAUUGUCUGGGAUUUAUAUAUAGUCAAAGCUUCUUUGUUUACUUUGAAACUGAUCAUCAUAUAUACACAUCUUGUAUUUGUUUCUUCUUUGAACUCGCACCAAUUCAGAUGGCAGUAGCAGCUUAUGCAUCUUUGGUUUCUCUUAGGCAUGUUCUCGACAAUGUCCAGCACCCUGCUCGUCGUCAUCGGCUUCAUCUAGAUACAGAUCAAAUUCAAAGCUUGCAGGAAAAGGUGGAGUUCUUGCAAGGGUUUCUCGAACUUCAUUCCCAGAGAAUAAGCCCAGAAAUGGAAGAUCUGGCGAAGCAACUAGCUGUUGUUGCUGAUGAAGCAGAUGACAUCAUUGAUUUCCACGUGGUGAAUCAACUCGGUGAAAGAUCUCAAGAUCAAAGUCUUCAUAUGCUCGCCCUCUCAUCUUUCUGUCAAGAUAUGGACAAUAUCAUCGAGAAGCUUGAUUCCAUCACCGAAAAGUUGAUGAUGGUUAAAGAAGAAUGGGUCGACGUCCAAGAACAACAGCCUAUGGUUUCGGUGUCUGUGGGUUCUACUGCGGUUCCUUCCGGUGACAAGAAUACUAUGGUGGGAUUUGACGAACGCUUGCUUCAGGUCGUGGAUGAGCUUACUAGAGAUGAAUCUGAUCUUCGGAUCCUCCCAAUAGUGGGAAUGGGAGGUAUUGGUAAGACAACUCUAGCUCGAAAUACUUUUGAUUAUCCAUAUAUCGUCAAUCGCUUUGAUAUACGCAUUUGGUUUGCAAUAUCUCAACAAUAUAGUGUUCGAGAAAUUCUUCUAAAGUAUCUCAUAAAUUGCGAAAAUAUCGAAGCAAGUGCUGCUGAUGAUUUAGACCUAGCUGAAGUAGGAGAACAUAUGCACAAACUUUUAUUUGGUAAAAGGUAUUUGAUUGUUUUAGAUGAUUUGUGGAGUAUCAAAGCUUGGGAAGAUUUCAAAUCGUCCUUUCCAGAUAAUAGGAAUGGAAGUCGAAUAUUGGUGACUACAAGGCUGUUGGAUGUGGCUCGUCCUUUAGGUUUUGACAAUCAUUAUUUAACAUUGAACCUUUUAGACGAGAAUAAAAGUUGGGAUCUACUAUGUGAAAAAGUCUUUGCACAACAGAGUUGCCCACGCCAAGAAUUGGAAGAAAUGGGUAGGAAAAUUGCGAAAGGAUGCCGCGGACUUCCUUUGGCAAUUGUAAUAAUUGGUGGACUUCUUUCAAAAUCCAAUAAAACACCAGAAUAUUGGAAGUUUGUUGAAGAUAAUGUAACCUCAUUCGUCAGAUCUGGAUAUGAUGAGUCUUGUUUAAAAAUAUUGUCUUUGAGUUACAACAGCUUGCCUCUUCAUCUUAAACCAUGCUUUCUUUAUAUGAGAGUUUUUCCUGAAGAUGAUACAAUCAAAGCGUCCAAGUUAAUCAAAUUAUGGAUCGGCGAGGGGUUUCUAAAACCAGUACAAGGUAAAAGCCUGGAAGAAGUUGCAGAGGAAUACUUGAAGGAUCUUACGGAUAGGAAUCUGAUUUUUAUUAGUAAAUGGACGCGCAGCGGCAGAAUAAAAACAUGCAACAUUCAUGACAUUCUAAGGGAGCUAUGUUUUAUGGAAUCUAACAGAGAACAUCUCAUCCGUGUCCCUAAAACACAAUACAUUUCUUUUCCUAGAGAACCCGAAGAAAGUCAUGAUUGCUUCCUGUGUAGUGACAAGCUGGGCAGGCAGAUUAAGAUAAAACAAGUUUUUGGUGGAGUUGCCAGUCCAUCUGUAUGCGAGGCCUGUAAUAAUGUGUAUCCAAAUCUGAAUAGCUUAAGAUGGGUGAAGGCACUUGAACUUAUUUAUAAUCAAUCAUUCACAUUUCCCCACCACACAAAGUUGCGGUGCCUUGAGGUUAAUGACUAUCGUUGCCAUGAUGAAUAUUGGAUUACAGGAGAACUUCUACUUGCUAGUACGAUUUCUCUACUUUGGAAUCUACAGAUUUUGGAUGUCGAUUUAGUUUAUGAAUUUUUUGACAUGUUAGUUGUGCCAUCUGAAGUUUGGGAGAUACCGAAACUUAGGCAUCUCAAGCUUGGAGUUCAUAGAUUGCCUGAUCCACUAACUAAUCAAUUGGAAGGACAAGAAUCAACUGUCCUGGAAAAUCUAAGUACUCUUUCGUCAGGGGCUUUUAAGUGUUCUGAGGAGGUUGUUAAAAGAGUCCCAAAUAUGAGGGAACUACAUGCUAAUUAUAUGGAGUUCCCUCAGGAUAAUCGCUACUCUCUUUACAAUCUUGCGCGUCUUGAUAAACUUGAAUCACUCUAUGUUGCUUACUAUUCUCACUUGGAGAACAUAGCCUUCCCGACUUCACUUAAGAAGUUGGAUUUGUCCUUCUGCUCUAUUCCUUGGCACAAGAUGACGAUAAUUGGUUCUUCGUUGCCCAAUCUUGAAGUGUUUAAACUACAUGAUGCCACCACUGGGCAAGAGUGGAAUCCGAUUGAAGGGGAAUUUCUUCGGCUGAAAACGUUGUCCAUUUGGGAUUGUUAUUUGGUACGGUGGGGAGCAGAGGAUGUCCAUUUUCCAAAUCUCCAGAGCCUUUCUCUCGAAAAGAUUCGUAAAUUGAAAGAAAUCCCUUUAAGCAUUGGAGAUAUAAACACACUACAAUCCAUUCAUUUGGAUAAAUGCAGUGAGUCUGUCAUCAAUUCGGCAAUGGAAAUACUGAAUGUCCAAAGAGAAAAUGGAAAUGAGAGCCUUUAUGUUUAUGUAGGUGGAAAACAAGUUACUGUCUAAUUCCGAGGCAUUACAUAUAUAUAUAUAUAUGUGACAUGAUUUUUAUUUGGAUAAAUUAUAGUUUGUCAUUCAAAAUAUGUUGGUUUUGUGGAUUUAUUAUAUAUGUAAAUAUAAAUUAAUCAAAUAUGAUUCCUCAAUUGCCCAUCUAUUAAAUUACCAAU